AUGAAACUUUUCACUAUAGCUAAUAUAACUUUGCUACUCAGCUUCUCAGUCCCGGUUAUUUCAUCGCCGAUCCAGAAAAGAAAUAAACAUACUUUAGAAGUACCUCAUGAAAUGAGCUCAUUCAAUGUUUAUUGUAGGGGUGGGGCGAAAUAUGAUGGUGAAGAUCUCCGUGUUUUGGCCGGAGUUGGAGCAAUGUUACUGAAAUCAAACCAUUCACGAGUGAUACCGAUUUCCAAAUUCAGUUAUACAGUGGCAGGACCGUACUUUGCUAAAUCUAUAAAUGAUGUCGAUUACGUGGUAUUUACUGAGAUGGGAAUUUUUGUGGGUGUGGUUUCAGUGGGAAAUCCAGAUUUAGGGGAGAAAAUGGAGCCAUGUUUGAAUAUGUAA